AAGUACAAUAAAAUGUUUGUUUAUAUUGCCCAAUAUUUUAGUAAUUUAUUUUCGCUUCUAGAAUAAAAAUUAUAUAUCUUAAUAAUAUAAUAAUUUAGUAACAUAAAAGCAUAUGAAUUUAAAUAAUUUAUUACUAUUAUCAUAUUAGUUAAUUAAGGUAGCACCACUGUAUUAUGUUAUUUGAACAUAUUUAUCCGUAUAUAAUGUAGUCUGUGAAUAUGCCAACAUAACCUAACCUUAUUUAAGUGUUAUCGGUCAAAAAUUUUGGCGCUACUUUGAGAAUAUAGUUAAAUGUUAUUGAUGAUUUUUGAAUUGUAAUUUGAAUUAUACUAAAGUUAAAAUAUGAAAAGUAUUAAAAACUAUUUUACAAGUCCGAAAGAACAAGUAGAAGAGAAUGGGAAUACGAAUCCAGUAGAAUGUAAGCAAGAGCAAGCUAAGAAAAAACGGAAAAAGAAACGAAAACAUUCCGAUCCUGCUAUUACGGAUGUAGCACAAUUAUUAACAGAUAAUUUAAAAUUUUCACCUAAUAAUAUAACACAGACUAAAUUAAUUUCUUUAGAAAAUACUCCAAAAAACGAAGUUGUUACAACUGAUGAUAUAUUAAUAAAUACGAAAGAAAAUAAAAGAAGUAACGUCGCUGGGGGUAUUAUAAAAGAGUGUAAGUUAAAAAUAUCUAAUAAUUCUCCGCUAGAAAUUGAUUCAAUAAAACGAGAAACUAAAGAAAACAAAACUUGUAAGUUGAAUGCAUUUCAGUUUAUGAUGGAUAAAAGGAAUAAAAGUAUUGGAUCUAAUUCACCAGGUAAACAUUUAGAUAAAGAACUGCCUUUAGACGAGGGAAAAAAUAAGGAAAAACUAGCCGCUAGGCGACAUUUAUUUUCAAAUUGGUCGGAAUUAAAAGGUGGUGAAAAAAGAAAGAGACUGGAACAGGAAAAAGAUGAAAUAAUCAAACACAAGUUGAAUGAACGUACAAAGAGAUUUAAGAAACUUUUAAAAGUAGAUAAAAAUGAGAAAACUGAAACAUUGAAAAGGAAGAGAAGUAGAAGAAUCAGUAGUAGUAGUGAAGAUAAUGAUGAUUUUGAAAAGAAAGAGGCGAAACAAAAUAUUUUAAGAAAAAAGGGCGGUGGUACUAAAAAAAAUUACGUUAAGGAUGAUACAUCAAUUGGAAAAUGUACAAGGGAUGGUUUUAGUGAUAUUAAAAAUCCAUUAACUGAAAAUAGGGUUAUAAAAAUGGAAAAUAACAAUGGAAAAUUGGAUAAAACGGGAAAUUUAUUAUCGUUUAUAAAAUCGGAACAAAAAGAGAAGAAGAAUAAAACCAAAAAACAUUCGAAAGAUGAAAAAUAUGAUAAGAAACAACAGAAAGAUCCAACAGGAAACGAAUCAAAUCAAGAACGAACUUUGAGAUCUUGGAAAUUGAAAAUAAAACUAAAAACUGACGAUUUAAAUGACGAAAAGUCCUCACAGAAACCUCCAGUUGAUUAUUUGGAACUCUCAUCAUCAGAUUUAGACGAAUGUGUUGAUUUAUCUUCCGAUAGCGAAGAUAAAAAAAUGGUUAAAAUCGCUCCGGUUUUCCAUAAAUCGCUACCGAAACCUAAAGAAGAUCCAGCGAUAGCGGAAGCUAGAAAACAAUUCCUCAUGAGCGGAAUUCCUUCUUCUUUGAAAAAAAUAAUCGACCGACAAAACAGUUUUAUAGAUCAACAGGACGCGUUUCCGGUUACGAGUCACGUUCAACAAAAAUGUGACAGUUCGUUCUGGAACCUACCCCCGGUUCGAUUGAAAUUACUCGACGACGCACCGAUUUCGAUACGAAAAGAUUUGAUAUGUGAAAAAAUAAUCGGAAGCGAUCGAAUCGGGGGUGCGAAUACGGAAAAUCGAGUCGGAAAGUUUGUGGAUUCGGGGAUGGUUUUGAGGAAAAUUAAAAAAGAAAAUCCCGAUUAUCCGGUGAUUAAGUCCUUUCGGCAAAUUUGCGGUAGCAAAUCGGGUGUAAUUGAAGGGGAUGGGGCGUCGGGGAGACGGAAGAAGGGUAAAAAGGUUAAUGGAGGAAGUGUCGUGGAAAAUUUUGGAGGAAAUUGGUGUAUGUGGACGGAGAAGUAUAAACCGAAAACUUCUAAUGAAAUUUUGGGGAAUUCUCAAGCGAUAAAACGUUUGAAAAAGUGGUUGGAAGAUUGGGAACAAUUCAGCAACGAAAUUAAUUUGGGGGGAAAAACAGAAACUCGCAGCAGCGAAUCCGAAUUUGAAACAACAGAUUGCGAUAGUCGAGACAGUUCAAAGCUACCGGGGAAAAUAAUAAUCUUAGAAGGACCGUGUGGUACUGGUAAAACCAUGUCAGUGUACGCAGUUUGUAAUGAAUUAGGUUACAACGUGAUCGAAUUGAAUGCUUCGAAUAAACGAACAGGUAAACGGUUGUUACAAGAGCUACAAGAGGCUACGCAAUCCCAUCAAGUUAGGAAAAAGGAAUCGUUUUUUCAAUCUAGUACCAAGGAGAGUUUAAAAAACCACAAGAUGUGUUUACUUUUGAUAGAAGACGUCGAUUUGGUGUUCGAACAAGACGACGGUUUCGUAAACGCUCUACUACAGCUAACCGCUACUACUAAAAGACCGAUAAUAGCCACAACUAACGAUUAUUAUUCUAUUUUCGUACAAAAAUAUUUCGGAACGUUCGAAUUCAUACAUUUUUCACCGCUCUCAUCUUUUUCUUUAGCCACAUGGUUACAAAUCGUCUUCCUAGUUGAAGGAUCAUACGUUUGUCGAAACGAAAUAGGUAGUUUAUUAGAAUAUAAUAAAGGAGACGUUCGGAAAACUUUGUUACAACUACAAUUUUGGUUGCAAUCGCAACCGAAACCAAAUCUAAUCAAAAUAGAAGAUAAAAUUAACUAUAAUGAAAAAUUUACUGACGUGGAUAAUUCGAUAGAAGAAAAAUCUUACAAAAAGUGCAUUUCGGUUUCAGAAAUAUUCCAAAUGGACCAACCUUUCCUUAUACCGUUUACCUUGGACUUGUUGUGGUGGAAUAUCUUUUCCAACGAAAGAUUGGAUAAUUUCCAAGAAACAGUGGUGAAUAGUGAUAGUGAUAAAGUGGGUUUAGUGUCGUUGGGUAAAGUGUUCGAUUCGCUUUCGUGUGUUGACGUAAUGUGCAAAAACGUUUCGUGUUAUAAAGAAGGAAAUAUUAAAGUUAGGGAUAGUUUGGAAUUGUGCGAAACUUUUAAUUGUUACGACGACCCCGAAUUUUUACAUGAACUUACAAGUUAUUUAAUGAACGGUUACAUCAGUAAGUACGGUGAUAACAAAAAUAAAUUGGAUCCAGCUUUACCAGAUAGGACGGAAAGAAGAUGGAAAACGACGUUACAAGAAUAUGAAAAUGAAUUUAAGAAAGCAUUACUACUAUCAACAGAUAAAAAAUCUUCCACUUUAGAUUAUCUGCCAGCUUUGCGUCAUAUCACUAGAUCGGAAUCUGUACGAGCUGCUAGUAAUACGAAACGAGGCAAUCGUUUCAGAAAUUAUUUAAAAGAUCUCGGUGUAAAAUGUCAGGAUAAAACAAUUACAAAUGCUUGUAGAAUAUUCAACAACCAUUUCAGUAUAUGACAGUUGAAAUUCAUAAUUUAUACUAUAGAAUUAGUUUGGAAAACUUCUAUUAUGUCAUAAUGACACUUAAACCUAAAUUUAAAUUGAUUUUAAUUGUUUGUUGUAUGUAAUUGUCUUCUUUAAUUGACUACUACUUAUUGAUAUCGAUAUCAAACUGUUUUAUGUAUCUUUUGGUUUGAUAUGUUCCAGGGGACAUUAACAAAUUGUUUAAAUAUCUCUGAUUAGCUAGUUCAGACCUACAGUUAUAUAUCGUAUGUUGAAAUUUAAAUAAUUAGGCGAAUUUGAUUGUAUAAAAAAUUUUUUAUUAUAAAAAAAUUAUUAUAACAUCUUCGAUUAAUUAUUUUUACCCAAUAAGUUGUUAUUUUGAAGGUUAUUGGUGGAUUAAAAAGUUAUUCUCGAAAAUUAAGGCAUAAGAUAUAAUUUAUUACCAAAAUAUUUAAUAUUUGCUUUCAUAUUAUGGGGUUUUAUUGUAAUUUCCUCGUUUUUCAUUUAUACGCUUCCAAAGUACAAAAAAAUGCAUGGAAAUUUCAUAUUUUCUCUUGAUUAUACAAUUUUUUUAUACGAAACGUUUUAUCUUUUUAAUUUAACGUGUAAAACAAUUUUGACUCACUUUUUAUUAUAAAUUAUAUACCAAAGUAAUUUUUUUAUUUAUUUUUAAUUGUCCCGGACACUAAUAUCAUAUUACUUCACCCAACAAAUGACAAAGUAAUUGAAAAUGUCAAAAAACUACUAAAGAAACCUUUUAAUCCGAAUUUAAAGGUUUCUUUAGUAUUUUUUUGACAUAAUACCGAUAUUAUAUUGAAAAGUUACGUUAUUAUUAUCACUUCUAAGGUCUAUUGUGCCCCAAAUGAAAACUGUCCUAGUAUCUGGACCAACUAGAGCUCUCCUGUCAGUUCUGGUAUCUUCAAAAAAUGGAUUUUCUCUUCCCAAAAAAUUCCUACAUUGAAUUAUAAGGAUAUAAGGUCUAUUGUCCCCAAUUGAAAACUGUCCAAGUUCUCUGGACCAUCUAGAGCUCUCCUAUCAGUUCCGGACUCCUUACAAACUGCAUUUUCUUCUCCCAAGAAUUCCCUAUGUUGAAUUAUGGUGGUAGGGUUUUCUGUAACUACAUAAUCCAGAGUUUCUUCUCCACAGUACCCGUAUUUAUAAUUUUCAGCUAGACCUAGUCUCUUUAGGUGCUUCCUGAUCCCCUAUCCCCUAUCAACAUUAUAGUAGAAGCCUAAUUGGGUUACUGAAAACAUUUACCAAUAGGGUAUUUUCGUUUCUAAUUACUUGUGAAUCCCCUAAAUCAAAUAUAGUGAAAUCUGCAUAUUUUAUUAUCAAUCCUGAUGGAUUUUUGAGAUUUUGAAUGACAGAAUUGAUAAAACAAAAAGAAAUAGAUAAUAAUUAAUUAAGAGUUAUUUUGAUUCAUCCAGUAGUUAAAAUUAAUUACGAAAUUGAAUUUAAAUUAACAAUAUUAAUUGAUUACACUAAUAAAAGGAAAAAAUGUAGAAAA